AUGAGGGCCGCUGGCCUGGCGGGAGCGGUCGCGCUCCACCUCGCCGCGGCGGUCAUCGACGCCCAGGUGCGCGGCCUGCGCGCCGCGUGGGGCUGGUCCUCCGGCGGCUCCGGCCCGAGCCCCGCCACCUCCGGCCUCGGACUCUCGACGCCCAAGCCGACGCCCCAGCCGCCCCCGCCGACGGCCCCGCCGACGGCCCCGCCGACGCGAGCGCCGACAUCGCCACCCACUGCGAGGCCUCCGACGAGGCAGCCGACGCCGUCGCCAACCUCGCAACCGACGCCGGCGCCCACCGCGUUCGUGAGCCGCGUCACCGGCUCCCUGGAGUUCGCCGCCCUGGGCGCCACUGAGCAGCAG